GACGACCUCGUGAUCGAGACUAGAUGGCCGGCGGCUGCUGCCCUGGCGGCUGCAAAUAUCGGAUUGUUUAUUGAUUCUUUUGGAUCUUUUAUCCGAAAUUUGAACUACUUGCAGUUUUUUUGAAAGAAAUUUCAGUGGAAAUUCCUGCUCUCCUGAAUUUUAAAACGGCAAAGUUCGAAAACACAAGAAGGUAUUUCUAAACCAUGCGAGAAUUUCAUUAACCUCGCUUUGUUUACAUCUUAUAUAUCUUCUGCACAAUGGAUUCAUGUCAGCAACACCUCAAUCAAUGCAAAAGGGAGGCUGCCACUGCAGACUCUAUUUUCACAGAUUUGGAUCUUCCACAUGAGCCACAGUGUUCACUGCACACAACAGAUGGGAUUGUGGAAUCUGUAACAGAGGCAAGAGGAGUUACUCCACAAACUUCUUAUAAUGGCUUUUGUGACAAUGGAAUGGGUAUUAAUCAGGGCCAUCAGAAUCAAGACACAAAUGACAGUGUUAUUGUUAUGAAAAGUGACGUAGAUUUUCAAGAUAAUCAACUGACAAAUGGAUCUACAGACUUUUUCAACAGAGCAGAGAAAAUAAAUACUCAAGUGGAAGAAAACCAACAGCAGGUAGCCAAAACCUCUGCCCAAAGUGCCCAGGUUGUCAACUCAGACCUGGAAUGUCCUUUCUGUAACAAAACAUUUUCUUCAACUGUGCAUCUUAAAAGGCAUGUGAAGUAUCACAUGUCAGAAAGAUCGUUUAAAUGUGACCAGUGUGAUGCAGCAUUUGUGUCAAACCGUGACCUAAAAAUUCAUACUAGAAUUCAUACAGGAGAAAGGCCAUACAAAUGCGAGGACUGUGGUGCAGGUUUUACUCAAAUUGGUAGUCUUAAAGUUCAUCUACGCGUUCAUACUGGAGAAAAGCCACAUAAGUGUCCACAUUGUGAUGCUGCUUUCAGUACUCCUAGCAAUUUUAAGCUGCACCUUAUGUAUCAUAAAGGAGAGCGGCCUUUCAAAUGUAAUGUUUGCUCAUCCACUUUCUUAACUGCCCGGGACCUGAAAGUUCAUGAUCGCAAACACACCGGUGAGAAGCCAUAUGUGUGCAGUGAAUGUGGAGCUAGCUUUUCACAAAGUGGGACUUUAAAGGUUCAUUAUCGCAUCCAUUCUGGAGAAAAGCCAUUUGUAUGUGGUGAGUGUAGUGCAGAAUUCACUACUGCAAGCAAUUUAAAAUCCCAUUGUGCUACUCACUCUGGAGAGCUAAAAUACAAGUGUCAUGUGUGUCAUGCUGGUUUUAAUAAAGCCCAGACUCUUACCCUUCAUUACAGAGUGCAUUCAGAAGUGAAGCAAACUGCAUCUAAAGUUGAUAAGUAAAGUUCGCAACUUUAGAGAAGGUUUGUGACUGCUUGUUCAUAGCAAACUGGACCUACUAGUCAUAGCAAAAAGUUUCCUAUUGCUUUCCAUUUACAGAUAUAUUGUACUGUACUAAUACUGUACUGCUUUGUUUUUUGUCUGUAAGAAAUUACAAACAUAGUUAAUCCACUAUUUUUUAUCUUUGUUUUACGCUCAUUUUUAGUGCUCCAUGCAAUUCAUCAUUUUUGUGUGUAGUAACAUACACUGAAAAUCAACUUACUAUUUUAGCCAAUUGGUACAGUGUUUUGCAUUUUAUAUUGUUAGUGUUAUCUUGCUAAUAGAUGCUAAUUGUUAUUGUUAGUUACAAUUUGAAUUAAAUAUCAACAUGAAUUGUUCCCUUGAGAGAUUGUAAAAAUAAUAAUAUAUUGCUUAAAUGGGUAUGUUUUAUGUGUUCUACCAAUAAUUAAAUUUUAUAUAUUGUACAAGUGUGCCUACAUAAAAUUAAAACAAAACAAAUGA